AUGACUUGGGAUCGCGCUGGCCUUGCGAAACAGGGCUUCUACUACGACGAGAACAUUCGGAGCAAAACCGCGGCAGAAGCUGCAUAUCCCCCACAUGUCGUGGCCUUGCGUGCUUCCAUGCUUGACUUCUCUUGCCCAGUACUUGGUUGCAAACACGAAUGCGAUGAGUCUGGAAACGUCCAGCUGGACCCGGAAAGCAUUGAGUGGCACAGCCCUCAUCCUGACCCUGUGCUUUCAGUGGCCAAGCGAACGCAAAAUGAUGCCCAUCACUUAAGCAAUGGUGGGUUUGCGGAGAAUUCCUGGGACGGGUUCUUUCAUAAUCACUUCUUCAAGCCACUCCAAGACAGCACGCCCAGAGUUUCGCGCAGUAACUAUUACUAUGAUUCAUUCAAAGAAGACGCGGACGCCUUGUGGACCGAGUUCCUCUGCAGCCGAACAGAUGCCCAUGAUACAUCCGAAAGGGAGAAAUGUCCCAAGCCCGACCGCGUGCUCUCCUUACCCAUAUACAAUCUUGAUACCGAUGGUCCUGCGGUCCCGAGUAUCAGAGACCCUGAAUCUCGACAGUGGCGUCAGACUCCAAGCCCGUCACUCGUGGAAUCCUUUUCAUGGACGGUCCUGAAGGACCUUUUCGCCCAUGGCCUCCGGCCCACGCCAUUUCGAAUAUUCCGUAAUCCGCCCGUGGAGGCAGAACUCAGGUGCUAUCCAUGGCUUAUCAUUGAGCACAAGAAGCAGCCGCCUAAAUCCCCAAAGGGCAAAACACUCGACGUGCGUUGUCAGGCAACAAACGCUGCCGCCCGCGCUCUCCAGCUCAACAGAAAUGCAGCGACGUAUGCGGUUAAGCUCGCAGAACAGGCCCAAGUCCCUCCUAUUCCCACUGUGACAACAGUCGGACCCAUUGUCACAGUUUGGAUCAUGCAUUAUUUAGAAGACAUUAUGAGAGCCAUCUGGACAGGUGACAUGACGAAACUCGACGAUAUCAUACAGUUCCAACUGAUUCUUGAGAAUACACACACUUGGACGAUGCGGGUUUUCAAGCCCCUGAUGGCGUCUUACAUUGGACAAUGGAGAUUUGUGCACUCUCAACCUGGUAUUGGCGUGGCUGAAUUAGCCUUGGAACGUCGCCAGCAGAUUAUGGACCGGUGUCGGGUUAUGACACCCUUGGUUCAAGGCUACCUCGACACGCACUCGGGAAUUGAAAUAGGCGAUGAUAGUAGUCAUUCCGAAGUGACACCGCUACUGCUAGGCUUGCUCGUUCAACAAAUAUUUGCUUCGGAAUGUCAGACCCUCACAAACGAAAUGGACCGUAUCAUCACCGAAAAGCUACAAGGAUUGACUUUGGGUGCAAGACAUAUAGUCAGUGAUACACAACUGACCAUCCGAAGCAAGCACACCAGCCUCGUCGCCGAUACGCAAGAAGGGUGUAGCGUGGAUUCGGCACCUGACGAUGAUGAUCCAGAUGAUAGUGACUACGUGGACUCCCAGCCUACUGGCCACGCCAUUUCAUAUUCAGAUUCUGAUGACAACGAGUUCAGGCGCAGCACGAGGUCUAAUGCCUUGCGGGAGACAGAAGCUCAGUCACCGUCUUCAUCGCCCCAAUUGCUACUCAUCGAGGAAACCCCCAGACCACUUCGUACUAAUAGUAGUCCCAGUGCAAUAAUACCAUUGUCAACAGGCACCACCUCUCCUGCAGACGUGAGUACAUGCACACCAACUAGGAACAAACCAACCACCCCAAAAUCCGCAGGUUCGGUCAUUCAAAAUGUUACUGGCACCACAAACGCGUACAGAGUUUGGAAGAAGACGCUAUGUCUGCAAAGCCGACGACCAAAACGAUUGGCUCUAUACAACAGGGAGACUUUGCCAUCGCCUACUCCAGCUGCCAAGGCAGCACCCGAAUCAUCUCUAUACUCAACCACGAGCUCCAUGUCGUCUACGAAGGGACAGCCCACUUCAAAACAUUUAGAGGCUCCGGCUCUCUCAUUCGGUACGACAAGGGGCGACAACACCAUUGCUGGGGGGAAAGCAUUCCAGCUCUGGCACAAAAACGCGGAGAUAUCCACGCAAGUUCUCGAUUGCCACGAAAAUGGUGUGAAGUUAGUGGCUGUAUCGUCCGACUCAAAGUUAGUAGCCUCCAUUUCUACUUAUGGGACGGUCCGGCUGUGGCGCUCUGAUGCGGGGGAGCCUGAUAUUCUCCAUGGCCGUGUGAAGUCGCUGGCUUUCUCCCACGAUUCAAAGAUCGUGUUAGUGGUUCAGAUCGAGGACGCGGUUCAGCUUUGGCGCCCUGAAACAGGCAAGCACACGCACAUCCAGACUCUUGGUCUCGACAACUUCAUUUGGUCGGCAGCCUUCUCUCCCGAUUUAAGGUUUCUAGCCUUGGUUCAUGAUGAUGAGGCAAUCCGGCUUUGGCUCGUCGACUCGGACAAAUUGACGCUUUCGCAGGUUCUUGAGGGUCACAAGUCCCUGGGUCGGCCGGUGACUUUCUCCCACGAUUCAAAAUACUUGGCAUCAAUUUCUGAUGAUUACACGGUCCGGAUUUGGCUCGCCGACUCGGGAAAAUUCACGCUUACGCAGAUUCUUGAGGGCCACAACGACUGCGCUGCUGGAACGGGCAAGUUUGAACACACCCGGACUUUUGAAGGUCACACCAGCGACGUGUUUUCGGUGGCUUUCUCUCAUGACUCAACUCUUCUCGCCUCGGCUUCUAAGGAUGGAACAAUCCGGCUUUGGCAAACCGAUAACGGCGAGUGCACGCAGGUUCUUGACGGCCAUACUGAUGACGUAAGGUCGGUAGCCUUCGCCAGGAAUUCAGAAUUCUUGGCCUCGGCUUCUCAUGACAUGACGGUGCGGCUCUGGCGCCCCCAUAUGGGUGAGAAUGACAGUGACUCGGUGAACUCGACUUAA